CUUGUUGAAAAUAAACAUCACGCCUGUUUUCUCAACACUCUCCCUUGUUUAAAUCAAACAUCACGCCUGGUGGUGGUAGUUAAGUGAAUUGAGAAAUCAAGAGAAAUGGCUUUGUUUUCAGUUUUGUUAAAUUUUGUUGUUCUUCUUCUGCUUCUUAUAUCUUUCACCAAACAAACUUUAGGUGUGUCAUUAUUGGCAGAGCAAGAAGCAGAUAGAGUCUAUGAAUUACCAGGACAACCUGAUGUUAUGUUUAAACACUAUGCCGGUUACAUCACUGUCAAUAAAACUCAUGGAAGAGCAUUGUUUUACUGGUUUUUUGAAGCCACUCAUACACCACAACAACAACCUCUUCUCUUAUGGCUCAAUGGAGGACCUGGUUGCUCGUCCAUUGCCUUUGGAGCAGCACGAGAGCUUGGUCCAUUUCUUGUGAAAGACAAAGAACGCCUCGAACUUAACAAAUUCUCUUGGAACAGAGUUGCAAACAUCAUAUUCUUGGAAGCACCAGUUGGUGUAGGCUUUUCUUACACUAACAAUUCCAAAGAUUUACGUGAGCUUGGAGAUCGUGUUUCUGCUAUUGAUAACUAUGUCUUCUUGACUGGUUGGUUCCAAAGGUUUACAAGCUUCAAAUCUCACGAUUUUUAUAUUGCAGGAGAGAGCUAUGCAGGACAUUAUGUUCCACAACUUGCUGAACUUAUCUAUGAAGGAAACAAAGAUCCCAAAAAAGACUCUUACAUAAAUCUCAAGGGAUUCAUGGUGGGAAAUGCUGUAUUGAAUGAUCUUGCAGAUACAAAGGGCUUGAUUGAUUAUGCUUGGAGUCAUGCCAUCAUCUCAGACCAUGUAUACCAUGGAAUAGUACAAGAUUGUGAUUUUAGUGUGGAGAACCAAACAAGGGAUUGUGACUUGAAUAUUGCUAAGUUAUUAAAAUCUUAUUCUGAUAUUGAUAUAUUCAGCAUUUACUCUCCCAUUUGCCUCGAUAAUCAUCGAAGAGCAGUUUCAUCAACACUUGUCGUUACUCCUCGUCUUCUCACGCGACAUGAUCAAUGGCAUAAGCUAGCAUCAGGAUACGAUCCCUGUACAGAAGAUUACAUACGAAAAUAUUUCAAUAAUAAGGAUGUUCAGAAAGCCCUCCAUGCCAAUAUCACCAACUUGUCUUAUGCAUAUUCCCUUUGCAGUGCUGUAAUAGAGAAAUGGAAUGACUCGCCAAACACUAUUCUGCCAGUUAUUAAGAAGCUCUUACGAGCAGGGUUACGUAUUUGGAUAUACAGUGGGGACACUGAUGGAAGAGUUCCAGUGACAUCAACAAGAUACAGCAUAAACAAGAUGGGUUUGAAAGUGAAGAAAGAGUGGAGAGCAUGGUUUCAUAAGCUUCAAGUGGCAGGGUGGGUGGCGGAGUAUGAGGGUGGCCUCACCUUUGCCACUAUUAGAGGUGCUGGCCACCAAGUUCCUGUGUUCGCACCAGACCAAGCUCUUGCACUUGUCUCCCAUUUCCUUUCAUCCGAAACACUCCCAUCUUUGACGUGACAUGUUCAAAGUGUAUACAUGGAAUUCCUUUCAAUUAUCUUAAUGAUUUGAUAGGAGAGAAGUUUUUUCAUGUAUAAGAAUCAGGAUUUUGAAAAUUUUAAAUUCUGGAA